AUGGGUCUCUUCCACCACCACCACGAAAACCCCCCUCACCACGGCGGCCCCCAGGGCGGUCCUCCUGGCCCUGGCGGCCCCGGCGGCCCCGGUGGUCCUCACGGCGGCCCUCACGGCGGUCCCGGAGGUCCUGGAGGCCCUGGCGGCCCUGGUGGCCCUGAACACUUCGGCGGCCCUCACGGCGGUCCUCACGGUGGUCCCGGUGGCCCUGGUGGCCCUCACGGUGGUCCUCACGGCGGCCCCGGUGGCCCUGGAGGUCCUGGAGGUCCUGGCCCCCACGGUCACGGUGGCCCUCAAGGCGGUCCUGGCGGACGCUGUACGACACACCUACCUCCGACUACCAUUGAACCGCGCUUCGCCAGGGGUUGAAGCUUGCUUGGAUUGUACAUACGUUGUUGGAUUUGGCUGUGGUUGAACAUGUCUUGCAUCAUAUACAUUUGCCAUGAUUGAAUGGCGCAAAUACCCAAUACAAUCAGAAAUCAUAAUUCGACGAAUUGCUUG